GUUGUUGAUAUUGCUUGAUACGCUCGAUAGUUGCUCGAUAAGGUAUGUUGCAGCUCGAUAGAGCUCAAUGACAACUUAUUUCAGUGUUUUGAUGAAUUUUUUUUGAUUGUUUUCUUACCAAUUUUUAUUCAUGUGUUGUUGUAGAUGCCUAAGUUGCUUGUUCCGUUCAGUGAUCACUUUCCUGGUCGAGUGACAUAUCGGGGUAGUAGCACUUUAAAUCACAUUAAGACUAGGUUUGUGGAGCUCCGGCUGCUUGAAAGGGCUAAGGAAUCCCCUUUCAAGUAGUUCUUUUUGGCUUCAGAGUUUAAUUUCUUUGGAGUCUUGGUGCAUCAACUGCUGUUGAGGAAAAUCGCCAGCAAUAACGAAGAUGAGGUGCAUUUCUUCUUGGGGUCGAAGUCUUCUAGAUUCGGCAUGGGAGAGUUUGCCCUGGUGACGGGGUUGAAUUUUAGUACCUUCUCGUCACCAAAAGAGUUGGAAGAGCAUAAUCUCAGCGACCGGUUGAUAAAGGAGUAUUUCAACGAUGCUGAGAAAGUAAAGCUCUCACAGGUGGACCAUGCUUUCAAGACUUGUACUGUUGUGGAAAAUGUGUACAAGCUUGGUCUAUGUUUGUUGGUUGAGGGAGUUAUGAAUGCCAUAGAGGGAAAGUUGCACAUAUGGCGAGAUAUUCUGAAAAUUGUUGAGGACGUAGAGUACUUCUUCAGCUAUCCAUGGGGGAAGUACUCUUAUAGGAGGCUAUUGCAAUCUUGUAAGAAGGACAUGGUGAAGCAAAAGGCCCACUAUGAUGCCAAGAAGGAUGCCAAGGUGCAGCAAGAGUCCAAGUACAGUAUGUAUGGUUAUGCCCCGACCUUACAGUACUGGACAUAUGAGGCUAUCCAGCAGCUUGCGGCGGAGUUUGUUGUGAGCUCGAGAAACAUGGUCCCGAGGAUGCUUAGUUGGUCGCAUCGGAGGAACAAGGAUUUCACCAAGUCCGUCAUCUCACCGAUAUUAUCGAAGAAGAAUUUGAUUGUCCUUCCGAUGUUGAAGCCUCGACCAGCAGAAAAAGACUAUUAUUUGUCUUUGACAGAGGGAGAUCUUCCCCUUUAUCCUGGGCUUGGCCAGGAUCCCUCGGAGGCUGAUGAGGAAGAGGAUGCGACUUUUGAGAAAAUCGCAGAGAUAGUUUCUCAGGCAGUCGAGGCAGCCAAGAUAUUUGAUGAUGCUGCCCCGGGGGAGGAGGUUGCAGGUCCCACCCCUCCUGUUGCCCCAGCCUCAGCCUUCGCCCCAACAUCAGCCCCAGCCUCAGCCUCAGCCUCAGCCCCAACACCAGCCUCAACCCCUGAGCUCGUCGACUUGAUUGAGCGGUUGGACAGAGUCGAGGGUCGACAGGAGACCCUCCUGAAGAACCAGUCAGUGAUCUUGGACGUAGUCAGUCAGAUCCUGAUAUUUAUUAAGGAGAAACCGAUGGGCUCCAAUGAAGAUUCAGACUCAAAGUCAUUGGAUAUUCCUCUGGACUAUGUUGAUGAUCCAACUAUGCCUCCUACCAUCACUGUGACACCUGAUGUUGGGACUCCGGGAGUCGUUAUUGUCAACCUUGAGGAUGUUGCUGGGGUUCGGUUUCAGAGGACUAGACGCCAAAGACGCAAGCCAGAUUGGUUUGAGGACUACACUGAUCCCACGAGGAAAAGACCUCGUACUGAUGCAGCUGUACCAGAAGAGGAGGCUACACAGGUGGUGGACCCUCUCAAGAAGCCAGAUCGCAAACAGUAUAGGACAAUGUGCAAGUGGCUGCUUGGAGACAUCCCCAACAAGACCCCGAGGGAUGUAAAGACUGGGAAUCACGGUCCAGCGUGGUUUCUGACAUGGAAGACACCCCAUUCAUGGCUCAAUGAUGGGGUAAGCCAUUUAUACCUAAUGGCUCGAUAG